AUGUUAGCGGAAUCUCCACGGUUCGUCGACGCAAGCAGCAACGGGUCAUCACCAAGGGGCUUACUAUCCUCAUUGAACUGCUGCAACAGGAAGAAUCAUUCACACAUCACACUUCCUAUAGUGGAUCCGACGUUCUAUGCUCACAAGCUAGCCUACAAAAACAUAGAACUGAAAAACUCGCAAUACCUUGCAACUCAACCUCUCUUGCAAUCCAACUUAGGAGACUUAACGACAGAAGAAUUUUCUGAACUUUUUAACACAAACAUGCUUUUAGGUUUUAACAAUAGAUUUAACCCACUGAAGAAAAAAUUGGACAACGAUAAGAACGACUUCACCCUCGAGAACGUAGCGCCAGAGGACCUGCACGAGAACAACAACGCCUUCCCAGAUUCGAAGAAUGAAGAAACAUCCUCAAACAUAAACUUGCCACUGGAGAGUCUCCCAACCGGGGAAGCAAACAAGCCCGUUUGGAACUUACUUGGCAAAUGUUUUAACGCUCCGAAUCCUAAUUCAAACAACUGGAAUAACUCUUUAGGCAACAUGAAUUCACUUAUGGACCCUCCAGAAUUUCUUGAUUCGGAGACACUUGGCGACGGUAAUAAACCAGGUCUGUUUUCAAAAUGCCUUGGACCCCUGAAGCCUAACACCUUGGAUAAAUUCAGUUCAAUAGUAUCGCAAGCAACCUUAGUGCCCUCGGAUGUCGGAUGUUUUAACACCUGCACCAAGAAACUGAACAAGUACGUGGACGUCGAGAAAUUAAGCACAAUGGCCUCAAACAGCACUCUGGGUCUGAAAAAUCUGUACAAGAGUUUUUCGCAGAACAACCUGCUUUCAUCCACCCAGAGCUUCUUCGACUGUUUUAAAAAGGAAACAGGCCACUUGCCCUCUAACUUUGCAAAUUUAAACACAAACUCAUUCAACUCAGGUCCUAACACAUUCAGGCUGCACGCAGUGGAGAUCCACCAGUACGUGCCCUUUCCCAACCUCCCGAGCUCCAGGUUUGUCAACGAGGGCGCCCUCUCGAACAAGGUGAACACCAAGUACGUCCAGGACUGCUUCUUCAACCCUAAUGCCACUGGCAUGGCUGCUCCCAUGAUUCCAAACCUCUUGAACGGCGUAAAGAACGUCCCUGAAGUCUACCACUUGAAGAACAAGGCGAACAGACUCAGCACCCAGGACCUAAGCAUGUGUGUUUUCCCAACGGAGUCCAACGACGGACUUCCAGGAUUGGUACUAGUAGAGUAA